AUAGAUGCAUAACAAGUGAUGUAUAAAUUAACCUUUAAACUCCAAAGAUACUGAUAACUAUUAUUGUUCAUUAUUGCAAGUUCGAAUGUGAGCGACCAACGUUUCGUGGAGCCAAAAUUAAAAUGAAAAUUGCAGUGGUUGGUGCUGGUAUUAACGGAUUAGCUUGUGCUGUUAAAAUUAAGGAGAAAUAUAGAGAUUUUGAAGUAGUGAUAAUAUCCAGUGAAUUUACUCCGAACACCACCGGCGAUGGCUCGGGGGGACUGUGGUAUCCAUACUUGACUGGAGAUAAUCCGCACAAUCUACUAGAGAAAUGGAGCGGAGAAACCUACAGAUUCUUACAUAAGCUGUGGAAGUCGGGUGGGCACAACAUCUGUCUGAUGCCAAUGUACAACUUGUAUCGUGAAAAGGAACGGUUCAAGAGGCCCGCUUGGUGUAAUACAGUGUAUGGAUAUCAAGAGCUGAACAGCAAGCAGCUCGAGUACUUUAGUAAUCUGUACUCUGCAAGAUAUACUGCGGGCCAAACAUUCAUCUCCUUCAUAUCAUCCCCACCAAAAAUGCUAGCGUACCUCCAAGAGCGAUUUGUAAAAGGUAAUGGACAACUGCUAAGAGCUAAAGUUACCUCUUUAGAGGAUCCCUUGCUACAAGAGUAUGAUGUCGUCGUCAACUGUACUGGGAUUCAAGCUCGGUUUAUAGUACCCGAUGAGAAAGUUAGGCCGUAUAGAGGACAAAUCGUUAAAGUUAAAGCUCCGUGGGUCCUGCAUACUAUUAUUGAUGAGGACGGCAGCAACUACAUUAUACCCAAUGCCGCGACAGUGGUGUUGGGUGGUACCUAUCAGAACGACUUCAAUAGGCAAAUAGAUCCAAAAGACACUGACUUUAUUUUAAACGGUUGCCAGCGUAUCCUACCGGGAUUAAAGGAUGCAGAGAUAGUAAACGUUUGGGUUGGCUUAAGACCCGGAAGAAAUGCAAUAAGAUUAGAACCAGAAGUGAGAAAUGGGAAACUCUUUAUACAUAACUAUGGUCACGGAGGCGGCGGCUUGACACUUUUCUGGGGCUGUGGCGAUGAAGUAUUACAAAUACUAGAAACUCAUUUAAACAAACCAAGCAAUGUAAAAUCAAAACUUUAAUAAUGUAAAAUGUAUUUAUAAUAUACUGGCUGACCUUGCCCGCUUCAUUGA